AUGGCGGAAUCCUCCUUUGAGAUAGAGUUCUCCUCCACCUACCACCACCGCCGGCGGCCUCGCCACACCACUCCAGCUCUCUCCCACCACCAAUCACCAGCCUUCUCAUUCUCCAGUUCCCACACCUCUCCAUACCCGACUUCACGUAGGACCCACGUACCCCCCACCACUCCUUUCGCCUCCGAAAACGACAGAUCAUGGCAGUCGGAGAUCUCAUGGCAGUUCGAACCCACCAGAAACAACCGUGGCAGCAACCUUGGCGCCGCCUUAACCCCAUGGGCUGAACCAAUCCCCUCCGUGCCACCUACGCCUGGCAGCCGUGUCUUUCGCCGGUCAGCAAAUGACUAUUUCCUUUCUCGUACUACCGCUGGAGGUGGCGGCGGUGGCAGUGGCAGUGGUGUUGGUGGUAACUUCCGUAGUUUUACUAAUCCGUCCUUCGAACAGUCCAGUUACAGCCGUGUGCCAUUGGGUAGAAUCGAACUCGAAGGCUACGUUGCCAAAAGUAAUCGUAACGAAAACCAUCAUCGACAAACUAGUCCCACCAAGUCUGCUAUUUUCGCAAACAGUACGGAUAGAAAAAAGGGUCAUUUAGCCGGUAAUAAUGAGCUUAGUGUGACUGACGACGAUCUAGAGAACGAAACGAGCAGUAAACACAACCGUGAUGGUUAUGGUUAUGGUCGAGAUGCUCAAAAACAGUCGAGUCCUCAUCAGGUUUAUGUUCGUGAUGGAGAUCUUGAUGAAGAGGAGGAUGAUGGUGAUGAUGAUUAUGAACCUGAACCCCCAAAAUCUGUUGGGGUUAUUGGGUUGUUUAAGUAUUCAACAAAGUUGGAUAUUGUUCUAGUGAUAUUAGGGAGUUUGGGAGCUUUGAUCAAUGGAGGAUCUCUACCUUGGUACUCUUUUCUUUUUGGGAAGUUUGUCAACAAAAUUGCUUUAGAUGAUGAUAAUGACCAGAUGAUGAAGGAUGUCGAAAGGAUAUGUGUACUCAUGGUGGCAUUGUCCGGGCUAGUCGUGAUCGGAGCAUACUUACAGAUUGCUUGUUGGCGAUUGGUGGGGGAAAGAUCCGCUCAUAGAAUAAGAACCGCGUAUUUGAGGUCAGUUCUACGCCAAGAUGUCAGCUUUUUCGAUACAGACAUUAGUACCAGCGAUAUCAUGCAUGGGAUCUCAAGCGAUGUCGCCCAAAUCCAAGAAGUUAUGGGAGAGAAGAUGGCGCAUUUUGUUCAUCACAUAUGCACCUUCAUCUGUGGCUACACCGUUGGGUUCAUAAGGUCGUGGAAGGUCUCUUUGGUGGUCCUUGCAGUUACUCCAUUAACAAUGUUUUGUGGGAUCGCGUAUAAGGCAGUUUAUGUCGGAUUAGCUACGAAAGAAGUGAAUUCUUACAAGAAAGCCGGUGGCAUAGCGGAACAAGCUAUAAGCUCGAUCAGAACCGUGUUCUCUUUCGUGGCUGAACAGAAGUUGGCCGAUAGAUACGAUAUGUUAUUAGAAGAGUCUGUGCCUGUGGGAAAGAAACUUGGUUUUGCAAAGGGUUUGGGAAUUGGUGUUAUAUAUUUGGUUACUUAUGCAACAUGGGCCUUGGCAUUUUGGUACGGAUCCAUUCUGGUUUCAAGAAACGAGCUAUCUGGUGGUGCCGCCAUCGCUUGCUUCUUUGGGGUCAAUGUUGGUGGCAGGGGUUUGGCGCUAUCACUGUCGUACUAUGCUCAAUUUGCACAAGGGACCGUAGCAGCUAGCAGAGUGUUUGAAGUUAUCGAUAGAAUCCCUGCAAUUGAUCCUUAUUCUACGAUGGGGAGAAGGCUCUCGGGUGGCCAUGGAAAAGUCGAGUUUAAGAAUGUUUCUUUUGCUUAUCCAUCUCGGCCAACUCUUCCGAUUCUCAACUCCCUUAAUUUGGUGGUUCCAUCUCAACGGACUUUAGCGCUAGUUGGCGCCAGCGGUGCUGGGAAGUCCACGGUUUUCGCUCUUUUAGAGAGGUUUUACGAUCCUGCUGAGGGUCUUGUAACAUUGGAUGGUCAUGAUAUAAGGACUUUGCAAGUGAAAUGGCUAAGAAGUCAAAUGAGCAUGGUGGGUCAAGAGCCUGUUCUUUUUGCAAACACAAUUCUUGAAAAUAUUAUGAUGGGUAAAGAGAAUGCCACCAAGAAAGAAGCCAUUGCAGCUUGUGUUGCUGCAAAUGCCCACAAAUUCAUAUGUAAUUUACCCGAAGGUUACGAAACACAGGUGGGUGAUCGAGGAACCCAGCUCUCAGGGGGUCAAAAACAGCGCAUUGCGCUAGCUCGAGCCAUGAUCCAAGACCCCAAGAUCCUUCUGCUAGACGAACCCACAAGUGCACUCGACCCCGAGUCCGAGACUAUGGUCCAGCAGGCCAUUGAUAAAAUCUCGAAGAAUAGAACCACCAUGGUGAUUGCUCAUCGGCUGGCAACAGUCAGGAAUGCCGAUAGGAUCGUUGUUCUAGAACACGGAUCCGUUAUUGAAAGUGGAAACCAUCAACAACUCAUCGAAAGAAAAGGAGCCUACUUUGCACUCAUCAUGCUUGCAUCUGAAGCUGUAUCAUCCGAACCCGUAUCAGAAAAUGGCGAAAAAACGGAGAGAAAACACGAAACAUCUAGUGCUCAAGAUCUCUUAAAAUCAAACCAUGUCCACGAGAUAUCAAGAUCGGAGUACAUGAAAUCCGUUCACGAAGAAAACGACCAAGUAGAAACACAGAAACCAAUGAAACCAAGUACGUACAUGAUUUCCGAUGUUUGGAAACUACAGAAACCAGAAGGCAGCAUGCUGUUUAUAGGCAUUGUUUUGGGUAUGUUAGCAGGUGCUAUUCUCUCCAUCUUCCCCUUCAUUUUAGGAGAAGCACUCAACUUUUACUUCAAUCCUGACAAAAAGAAACUGAAAACCGAUGUCGGAAACCUCUGUUUAGUUCUAGUCGGACUCGGGGUCGGAAUCAUUCUCGCCAUGACCGGCCAACAAGGUUUCUGCGGUUGGGCUGGUACGAACCUCACGAGGAGGGUUCGCAAUCUACUCUUCCAAUCCAUAUUGAAACAAGAACCAGGAUGGUUCGAUUCUGACGAAAACUCAACCGGAAUACUCGUUUCCCGGCUAUCCAUCGACUGCAUCAGUUUCAGAUCAGUUCUAGCUGAUAGAUACUCAGUUUUAUUCAUGGGUUUGAGCUCAGCUGCUGUUGGACUUGGCAUUUCUUUCUAUCUCCAAUGGAGGUUAGCCCUUUUAGCUACUCUUCUAACCCCUUUCACCCUUGGAGCUAGCUACUUUAACCUGAUUAUUAACAUUGGACCAAAGCUAGAUAAUGGGUCUUAUGAUAACGCGACUAGAAUCGCGUCUGGUGCAGUAUCAAACAUUCGAACAGUAGCAACAUUUGCAACUCAAGAAAAGAUUGUCAAAUCUUUUGAACAAUCUUUAUCGAACCCAAAAGCAACAUCUGUAAAAAGAUCACAAAUCACUGGGCUAGCAUUAGGACUCUCUCAAGGUGCAAUGUAUGCCGCUUAUACUGUAAUCCUCUUAUUCGGGGCUUAUCUUGUGAAACGAAAACUAGGAGAUACGACGUUUGGUGAUGUCUACAAGAUUUUCUUGAUUCUUGUUUUGAGUUCGUUUUCAGUUGGGCAAUUGGCGGGUCUUGCUCCAGAUACUUCCACUGCAUCUUCUGCAAUUCCUGCUGUUUUCUGGAUUAUUAACCGAACUCCAUUGAUUCGUGGGAAAGGGAGAAAGAUUGAAAGCUCGAAGCUUUUUGAUGUGGAAUUCAAGAUGAUUACUUUUUCGUAUCCAUCGAGACCUCAUGUGAUUGUUUUGAGGGAUUUCUCGUUAAAAGUGAAAGGUGGAACAAUGGUGGCGGUGGUCGGAGGAAGUGGGUCUGGGAAAUCGACAUUGAUUUGGUUGACACAGAGGUUUUAUGAUCCGAUUAAAGGGAAGGUUUUAAUGGGUAGAAUUGAUUUGAGGGAGCUUGAUUUGAAAUGGGUUCGAUCUCAAACAGCUUUGGUGGGUCAAGAACCUGCAUUGUUUGCUGGUUCGAUUCAAGAAAAUAUUGGAUUUGGGAACCCUAAAGCUUCAUUUGCAGAGAUUGAAGAAGCUGCUAAAGAAGCUUAUAUUCAUAACUUCAUCUGUGGCCUCCCAGAAGGGUACGAAACUGAGGUGGGUCAAAGUGGGGUUCAGUUAUCAGGAGGUCAAAAACAAAGAAUAGCAAUAGCAAGGGCAAUAGUGAAGAGAUCAAAAGUGUUGUUACUAGAUGAAGCAAGUAGUGCACUGGAUUUGGAAUCGGAGAAGCAUGUUCAAGAAGCACUUAGGAAGAUAACUAAACGGACCACCACCAUCGUGGUGGCGCACCGCCUCUCCACCAUCAGAGAGGCCAACUUGAUCGCGGUGGUUCAAGAUGGAAAGCUGACGGAGUAUGGAAGCCAUGAUAGGCUCAUGACUUCCCAUCAUGACGGUGUUUAUGCUAACCUUGUUCGUGCCGAAACAGAAGCAAAUGCUUUUGCCUGA